UCUAUAGAACGCGAAGAAAAGAAAUGAGCCCGGAAAUUUAAAUAAGCAAAAAAUAUGAACAUAAAUGUAAAUAAAAUGUGUACGAAGAAAAUUUAUUGCAAUUUGUACCGGUUCUUUUAAAAACCAAAAUUUUAUAAACAAAUCGAAAUGCUAUGGAUGGAAACAUAUCUUUCCUGCUUUUCAGUGCGUUUGGGCCUCAUUGUAGUGGCAGCUUUGGGACUCGUUCGUGUAUUCAUAGCGGCAAUUUUGUUAAUUUCAAUGGGUAUGGACGCACUGGAUCCAAUAAUAAAACUCUUCAAAAAUGAUGACGAAUAUGGCAAAAUGCUUACAGUGCAAACAACUUUGAACUGGAUUGAGAAUCAUUCCCAAGCAUUUAUAGCUACACUACUGACUUCUUUGGCGAUACAUUUGAUUUGCUGCGGCCUUGCCAUACUCGGGGCGUUGAAGCUCAAAAAGUGGCUUUUGCUCCCCUACAUAAUCCACGAGUUCAUACGCGUGAGCUUCUACUUUGCUGCCCAUAUAAUCCUUAUGAUUAUUUUAAAGAAGAAACUUAAUUUAGGCCUCCUGAUAGCCGUCACCUUGUUGGGCGGUUUCAUAUUACUAUACUUAGCCUACAAUUGGGCCACCAGCGUUGCUCUAUUUCAAAUUAUCGAACUCGUGCACACCGAACGCUAUCGCAAACUCUACGGCGAUGAUCCCUUUCACCCGCAACUACCACCGAACUACUCAUACACUUCACCACCACAAUAUAGUUACGGUACUGUGGAGAAUGUGCGUGUGCUGGUCACACCGCGUAGUGGGGAUAUUGAUGAGCAAAAACAACGACAAACACAGCGCACAGCGGUAAAGGCUCCAACUCAGCCAGUGAUCGCGGUUUUACCGGCAAAUUAUGUAAAUAAUAAUGGACCACAUUUGCAAAGCAAGCAGAUGAAUAGUUUCCAACAACAACAGCAAUAUCAGAGAAGUGAAAAAGAGCAAAAUGAAUACAAUGCAGAAUUCGGUAAUUGGCAGUGGUCGGAAUUGAUGGUUGGUAGACAGCGAAAGGCGCUGUUGUAGGGAAUUGAUGAGAGGCAGAAAUUGGCAUACAAGGAAAGUUUAAGACUGUUACGGAUGUUAACAGGGUUCUAAG